AUUUAUUUGACAAAAACAGAACUGUUGACAGUUUAUCAAAAUAGGAAAACACGUGUGGUUAUCAUAUUUAAUACAGUCACAGAAUACUUUUAUGUAUUGUUUUUUACAGCUUAUAAACUUGCAGAUAAUAAUUUAAAAUUUUAAACUCUACCCAAAUGUAAAAUGGGUAAGCUUAAAAAACAUUCAAAUCAGUCUUUUAAAAAUGUGCCUUUAGAACAAGAUAUUCAAAACGCAAAAUUUGCAAAAAGUAAAAAUAGAACUAAAAUUCGACUAAGAAAAGAUGAUGAAGAACAAUAUGUGGACUCAAACUUGUCUCGAAAAAUUAUUUCUGCUGCUCGUUCUCAACAACGCGAAUUGGAAGAAGGCAGUACUUCAUCUCAACCGGUCCGAGAUAAAAUUAAUGUUAAGUUUUCUGAAAUGGACACAGAUGAAGAAUCUGAUAAUGAAAUAGAUGACAAUGUUAGCGAUGGAGAUGCUUUUUAUGAAAAUAUUGAAAUUAAUGAGGAAGAUGAAAGAGCCAUCAACAUGUUUAUGAGUAAAAAUCCUUUACCAAGUCGCACAUUAGCUGAUAUUAUUAUGGAGAAAAUUACUGAAAAACAAACAGAACUUGAUACACACUUCACAGAUGCAGGUUCUCUACAGAUGCAAGAUUUGGAUCCAAAAGUUAAAGAAAUGUAUGAAGGAGUUAAAGAUGUCCUAAAAAAGUACAGAAGUGGAAAGCUUCCAAAAGCAUUCAAAAUAAUACCGAAAUUAAAAAAUUGGGAACAAAUUUUAUAUAUAACAGAACCACCUACCUGGUCUGCAGCUGCUAUGUACCAAGCAACCAGAAUCUUUGCUUCUAACUUAAAAGAAAACAUGGCUCAAAGGUUCUACAACUUAGUUUUACUUCCCAGGAUUAGAGAUGAUUUAGUAGAGUAUAAGAGGCUGAACUUCCACUUGUAUCAAGCACUGAGGAAGUCUUUGUUCAAACCUGGAGCUUUUAUGAAAGGAAUUUUAUUACCAUUGUUGGAUAGUGGGAACUGCACUUUAAGAGAAGCUAUUAUAAUUGGAUCUGUAUUAGCUAAAAAUUCUGUACCAAUUUUGCAUUCAUCAGCAGCACUUUUAAAAAUUGCAGAAAUGGAUUAUACUGGAGCAAAUUCGAUAUUUUUAAGAAUACUUCUUGAUAAAAAGUAUGCUUUACCCUAUAGGGUGGUGGAUGCUUGCGUCUUACAUUUUGUAAGAUUCCAGAUGGAUACUAGAGAAUUACCAGUUCUAUGGCAUCAAGCUCUGCUUACUUUUGUUCAGAGAUACAAAGCGGACAUAUCUACAGAACAACGUGAAGCUUUACUAGAAUUAUUGAAGAAACAGAGCCAUCCUGCUAUUACACCUGAAAUUCGUAGGGAGCUACAACAUGCUAAGUGUAGAGAUGUAGAAGAUGCUACACCUGCUAUGGACUUUGAUUCAGAUUGAAUGUUAAAUUUAAUAAUAAAUAGCUUUUGUUCAUAUAUUAAAACAAACACUAGUACAUCAUUUUGCAAAAAUUUGAUUAAACCCUUAAAAUGGGGUUCCUCGCAUAAAGAAAACAUAGAUCAGAGGCAACCUUUAACAUAUGAAGAGCACAGGGGAAAAUGAUCAGGGCCACAAAAACUACUUUCUGUAGAACAAAGUUUAUAGACUCAUAUUUUUUGUGGCUUUUAAUUUUAAGUAAAAUACAGAUACUGUGAUUGUUUUAUUCAAACUCUGGCCAUACCAGAAAGAUUGUGUCCAAAACUACAAGAUGGCAGUGCUAGUUCAUUUUUAGAUGAAGAGGACAAGAAUUUUUAAUUUCAGAUUACCUUUAUUCUAAUUUUUCACAGGCAAAUAUACGUCUCCUGGCCUAGUAGGUUUAAUCCAGAUUUUUAUUCUAUUAUAUUUCACAAUCUACACAGGAGCCCAACGUAAGAAAAAAUAGAAAUUUUGUUUAAUUUGCAUUUUUCUUUAAAUCCAUCCUUUAUAAAAUAUUUAAAAAAAAACCUUCAGUUUCUAACAAAAAAAAAAUACACCACUGCGUAAUCAAAAUGGACUCUAGUCUAUUUUCCCCUGUACUAUUCAUAUGCUUUGUUUGAAGCAAAUAUACAAAGACCUUUGACAGUUUGAUUAUGCAAUAGUGUAUUUUUUUCAUUAAAAUCUAAAGGAUUGUUUUUUAAACAUUUUGUAAAGGAUGGAUUCAAAGAAAAAUGCAAAUCAAACAAAAUUUUAUUUUACAAAAAAUAAAUUCAGCUAUUAUAAAAAAAAUUACACAAAUUCAUUAACUUUCUAUUUUUUUUCUAACUUUGGGUUCCUGUGUGGAUUGUGAAACACAAUAGUAAUAAAAAUCUUGAUGAAACCUAUUGAGCCAGGAGAUGUAGAUUUGCCUGUGAAAAAAAAAGCUAAUCUAAUAUUAAAAAUUCUUUUAUAGUCCUCUUCUAGAGGAUACUUGUGACAAAAAAUCCUGCAAGAGUACUACCUUAUAGUAGUAGUAAUAGUUUACCCUCUAGAGCGUUUUAAAAAGAGGCAAGUCUUCCCGUUGAAGGUCACACUUCCAUAUUUUACACACUUUUCAUGUCGCGAGCGCUAUGUGCCGAACAAAAGGUCGUAUUAAACAAAAUUGUUACUGUACCUGAACAAAAACACUUUACAGUAGUUUUUUGUUAAAAUCGAUAGCUUGACAAUUAAGGAACACUCAAAAUUGGCUGAUGUUUGUAAAUUUCAUCAAAUUUAUCCCUUGAAAGCCGAUUAGAAAAAUGCUUUCCAGAAAUUUGGAAAAAUUAAAAUUUGUUGUAGAGUGCUGAAAUUUGAAUUUUAAUCAAGUCGUAUGAUAGCUUGUUUAGCUAAUAAUGAAUAACUGGAUUGCAAUACAUUUUGAACAAAAGGUCAGAUGGAAAACUUGUAGAUAUAUAAAGUGUUUCUACAAUAUCUAAGAAAAUCUAUAUUGUCUUUCUUUUUGGCCUGAUACAUUUUAGUACCAAGUCCUCAGAAUUUUUGUACACAAAAAAAAAAUGAAAGCCGCAAUAAAACAUGCUCCCAUUUAAUUUCUAAUAUGUAUAAUGUAAUAGGAGACAGGGAGACACAUGUAAAGAUAAAUAUCUAACUGCAAAAGUAUCAAUCUUAGAAAAAAAUCUUAAAUAGAAAAGUUGAAUUAAAUUCCUUGAAAUGAGCUAGCAUAGGAUUUGAUUUAAAAUUUGAAUAUGUUCAUUAGAGCAUGUAUUUAAGUUGUAUCUGCAAAAUUUCAGCUUUUGUCUUGAUCUAUGAUCACAGGCUUUUAAUUGCAUCUUAGUUAUACAUUAUUGGGAUUAAAAAUACACCUUUUGGGAAACAUGAACUAAACUAAAUAUCUGAUUGUCAGAAACCAUUUUUGUCUAAUCGGUUUUCAAGUGAAAUUAUAAAGUGUAACAAAGUAGGGGUAACUUUGAUGAAAUUUACAAACCUGCCGAUUUUAAGCGCUCGCCAUUCCCUUGUCAAGCUAUCUACUCCAACAAAAACCUAUUGUAGUGUAUUAAUUUAGGUAUAAUGCGAUUUUUUAAAUUAUUUCAAUACGAGGACCAUCCGUACAACAUGACAUGCCACUCUUCAGAACACUGUAGAGGGUAAACUAUAAAUACUAGGGUAGUACUCAUGUGAGGUUUUUUGUCAAAAAAAAAAUCCUUUAGAUGAAGACUGCCCAACGUUCUCCAAAAAUCGAAUUUAAAAAAAAAAAUGUAAGACAUAGCCUGGGGUUAUUAAAGGGGGGCCAUCAGGACAUCGAAUUGGAUCAAUAUACCAAUUUGUAGCUUUAUUCUAAUUUCCACAGGCAAUCCCUAAUUGCUUCAUUGCUUGAGAUGUACAAAAAUAAGCCAUUUUUUUGUUUAAAAUACGUUAGGCAACACAUGUACCCUGAAUAUUAAAAUGAUAGUCUGCUACCUGGCAUUUUGUUAAUGUACUUAUUAACUAAUAAAUUUAACAGGAUAAAAAUCGUAUAUUUAUUCUGAACUAAACUUGACAAAACAGGAAUUUUAUUUAUUUAAUCACUAAGUUUAAAAUGUAAAAAGAAUUAGGUACAGUAAGUGCCACAUCUGAAGAACCAGCGCAAAUGUUCAAAUUCGUUUACUUAAAAAUCGCCACGCACAUUCACAAUUUGGACCUUGUCCUUGCUUACAGUCAGUAGCGUAACGACUAGAUCAUUGUUUCUGUGUUUUGGUUAAAGUGACUGGUUUUAUUUUUGAUAAUGUCUUCUAUUGUGGGUGAAAAAAAGCGCAGAUCUGUUAUUAACGGACAAAGUCGUGAAGUCAUAUUCAAUGUUUUUAAAUAUUUUGACGCAACAAAAAAGGAAGGAGUUACUUAUUAGAUGAUAUCAAACUGCACAAGCAACAG